GAAAACUCAGGACCCACCCUCCAGAAGGGCUGGGGAAGGUGUGCUACCAUGGAAAAGAUUCUGGCUUUAGAUUCUGUGUCUUUACUGCCUGCAUGACCUUGAGAGAAUCACUUCCCUGGGCCUCAGUUUCCUGAUCUAUAAGAUGAAGAGGUUGUGUACUAGGUAACCUCUGGGGGACCUUACCAGCUCCAAGUUGGUGAUCCUUCUUGACUCAGAUUUCAGGAAGGGGUAUAAGGCUCUACUGGAAAGCAGGAGAUGGAGCUGAAUGAUUGCCCAAGCCUUUUUUUUUUAAACCCUUAUCUUUUGUCUUAGAAUUAAAAAUGUGUAUUGAUUCUAGGGCAGAAGAGUGGUAAAUUACCCAAGAAUUUUAAACUGAAUUGGAUUGGUUAGCAUGGGGUAAUGUUCUGAGUAUGAUAAAUUAAUUUGGUAGGUUAGCAGUGACCAAUAAAUUGGGUCAAUGGCCUUUCUCAAUGACCAAAGACCCCAGGUAGGGCUCAGCAGCCUUAAUAUAGUUUGAGGGAGUAAGUAGUUGGGUAGGUAGAGAAGACAAUACUAUUGAUUACAGGGUAGACAGCUGGGAUUGUGGGGAGAAUGUGAUUUUUUAAAAAGGCUAGCACACCCCUGGAACUAAUGACCAUCCCUUUCUGACAAUUAAGGACUGUGAAUUGUUUUAUGGAACCCAUCAGCAUCUUGCUGACCAUCUUAGUGGAUCCAAGUGAGUUUGUUAGGGAGGUAAAACCUUCCUUAAUUGUACAAAGACAGGCAGGGAUGGUUUCAAAUGCUGGCUUUGCUCCUUUGAAGUUCUGGGAGCCUCAGUUUCCCCACCUGUAAAAGAAGGGUUCAGACUGGCAGAAGUCUGGGGACUCUCUCAGCAUUUAGUCCUCUGACCAGUUUUCUGGGGGGAGGGGGAUCAUUAUUCCACAUUUUUCUGGAGCAGAAGCCAAAGUUUUGGAGAAAGUGGGGUCUAGAUAACUCAGCCCCCGCCCCAUGGCCGGAAUUAGUGGUUUGGGGUACAGUUAUCCAGACUGGAGCGAGAGGAGAGUGGAUUUUUGGACACUGUGGCCCCUUGGAGCUACUCCUUCCAGUGCUCUCCUGAACCCUUUCCCCUGCGUGAGACACGUGAGACACUUCCUUGGCCCCGCGCCCUCAGUUACCAUAGCAACCCGGCCGGUUUCCGGCCCACCCCUUCCCCUGCUUCGAUGUUGUGCACUGAUUGGCUGGGUUAACUGCGUACCGAUUGGCCGAGAAUGUCGAGCGGAAGCUCGGAUAGCGCUUCCGGAGGCUCGCGUUGGCUGCCCCGGCAGUGGUCUUGCGGAUAAUCAUGCCGCUGGUGGUUUUGUGUGGGCUGCCGGACAGCGGCCGGAGCCGGCGCGCAGAUGAACUCCGUACGGCGCUGGAGGCCGAGGGUCGCCCAGUAACGGUCGUUCGUGAUGCCGACGUGCUGGGGCCCGAUGGACCGGCAGCACUGCUAGAGGCCUACACAGACCCGAGCCGCGAGAAGGCGCUGCGUGCGGCCCUCAAGGCGUCGGUGGAACGCGGGCUGGGUCCCCGCUCCGUUGUCCUCCUCGACUCACUCAACUACAUCAAGGGCUUCCGCUACGAGCUCUACUGCCUGGCCCGGGCGGCGCGCACCCCGCUUUGCCUACUGUACACCCUGAGGCCGCAGCCACGAGCACUGGGCUCGGGGGACAGCAGCCCAGCUCAGGCCAGGUCACCGACCCUCAGCUGGAGGCCCGGGGCAGCGGCCCUGGAUUCCCUGGAGGAGUCAUUGGAUCAGGGCCCGGAGCCUCAGACCAAAGGAGUCGAGGCAACCCAGAGGCGGAAGGCACUUGGACCAGAAGAGAGGCUAGGACAUGGGGUUGUGGGGGAUGGAACUGCUGAUGUUUGGGAGUUGGAGCAGAUCGGGGGGCCGGGAACCCCGGAACCUGGGAGCCAGGAGGCGGCACCGGACCCCUGCUUUCCUCCGGAGCUCCUGGAUGCCCUGGCCCAGCGGUUUGAAGCCCCAGACUCCAGGAAUCGCUGGGACCGGCCCCUAUUCACGGUGGUGGGCCUUGAGGAUCCCCUGCCCUUGGCCCAGAUCAGGGCAGCCCUCUUUGAGAGCCAGGUACCCGCACCCCAUCAAGCCACCCAGUCCCAGCCUCUGUCAUCCACCAAUUUCCUACACCAGUUGGACCAAGUCACAAGUCAAGUUUUGGCAGCCCUGAUAGAGGCUCAGAAAACUGCUGUUCCUGGGGACUGGUUGACUAUGCCAGGGACCACAGAGAGGCUGCUGUUCACUCGACCCCUUUCCAUGGCUGAACUGAGCCGCCUCAGGCGCCAGUUCAUCUCCUACACCAAAAUGCAUCCUAACAAGGAGAACCUGCCCCAGCUGGCCAACAUGUUCUUGCAGUACCUGGGGCAGAGCCUCCACUGAAGGGAGGGAAGGAGCUGGAAAGCCUGAAGCUGCCCCCCCCCCUUCUCCACCCCAUCAGAUGGUAUAACAACCUCAUGAUUUGAUGACAAUCUUAAUUAACUUCAGAUUGUGGGCUGUGAAGAUGGGAAAGUGACCUGAAGGCUGAUUGAAUGUGACUCCUCCAGAGAAGAGGGCUUUAGGUGGACAAGGAGGGGGGUGAGGAGUGGGUUUAGCUUGUGUUCUUUUUUGGAAGUAGCAGAUUUUUGCCCUUCUCAACCUUGGAGGCAGCCAGGGAAGAGAAUCUAUAAAGAGCUGACAGAAUUCUGCUUGUGAGUCAUGCAACAAUAAAGGGUUUAUUUAAAAAAAAAA